AUGUCCCUGAUCUUUCGCUUCGUCGCCGAACUGCGGUUCAUUCCGUCGCUCUCCAUGUACCCCACGCUUGACGUGGGGGACCGAAUCGUCGCAGAAAAGGUUUCAUACUAUUUCAGGAAGCCUGAGGUCGACGAUGUGGUCAUCUUCAAGGCGCCCAAGGCCCUGAAGAAGCAUGGCUACAGUGAGGGAGAGGUGUUUGUGAAGCGAAUUGUUGCCACUGAAGGAGACUUGGUGGAGGUGAGGGGGGGGCAGCUGUUCGUGAAUGGCGUUGAGAAGGACGAGGAUUACAUAUUGGAACAGCCUACCUACCACAUGGAGACCCAGUACAUUCCAUCUGGCCACGUCUUCGUCAUGGGCGACAAUCGCAACAACAGCUUCGAUUCUCACACAUGCGCGGGUGUGGCGGCGGUGCAGAAUCUAAAGGAAAUUCUGGAGAAGGCGGAGCGGAUGGGAAAUGGCGGAAUCGCGGGGGGAGCGGACGGCGGUCUCGCGCUUAAUGGAUCAUCCGCGGGAGCAGCGGAGAGCGCGGGGGGGGAAGAGGGUGGUUCGGGUUCUGACGUGGAAGAGAUUGUACUCGUGCGCAAGGAGACGCCUAACGAGGCAGCUAGUAACGCAUCAGAGGAUUCUGAGUCGAGCGCCAGCGCGGCUCCGCCAAGCGCGGGUUUCGAAGAUCCCGAGCCUCCAACGGUGGUUCGGCCCAAGCCGGUCAGGGUAGACAGGCCGAAGUUUGAUCGACCUGUGGCGUCGUUCAGCCGCCCCACCCCGCCUGCGCAGCCGGCUCCGGCGCGGCCGGGCGUGUACGUGCGCGGACAAGCGCCCGCCGCCAGCGCAGACGGAACGAGCGCAAGGGAGAAGCUGGCGUGGAAGCCCAAGGGUUCCGCCGACGCCUCAUCUUCCGACGAUGAGCGCGCUUCCGCCGCGGGCGCGGCAGGAGCCCCGCGCAGGGGCCCCAUUUUGCGCGAUGCUGGGCGCAGGGCGCAGCCUGCCGCGGAGGGCAGGGCCGGCGCAAGCGCACCCGGCGGAGCUCCUACCCCCGGACCUUUCGGGGGUCCGGACAAGGCUCCGGCAAGAGGCGGGCGGAAAGACACGCGGAGGAGAGGCGGGGAAGGCGACCGCGACGGGGCCGGACGGGGGAGGCGCGGGGGGAAAGGCUCAACGGUGGCGGAGCAGGCGCGGGGGAACCGGAAGCAGAGCAAGGCGUCGCGCAGAGCUGCGCGCGAGGAGGCUAAGAAGGCCGCUGCGCCCGUUCAGGCGGAGAUUCUGGAGGUGGGGAAGGAGGGCAUGAGCGUGCAGGAGCUGGCGCGGGAGCUGGCAGUCAACGACUCAGAUGUGGUCAAAGCACUCUUCAUGAAGGGAAUUGCGACUACAGUGAACCAAGUUCUUGACGAGGAUACAGUGCGCAUGGUGUGUGCCGAGUACGGGGUGGAGGUUCUCGAUGCCAGCGAGGCAGCGAUGGGGGAAGCUGCCAGGAAGCAGCGCGAAUUUGUGCAGGAGGAGGAUCUGGAGCACCUGGUGGUGCGCCCGCCCGUUGUGACUAUAAUGGGACACGUGGACCAUGGCAAGACCUCUCUGCUUGACUACAUUCGCAAGACCAAGGUGGCAGCAGGGGAGGCGGGCGGAAUCACCCAGGGAAUCGGCGCCUACCGCGUGUGGGUGCCGUACGCCGCUGACUCAGACGAUGACUCGGAUGCUGACGUGGACAGUGAGGACGAGAACGAGGCGGGGCUGCACACGUGUGUGUUCCUGGACACGCCAGGUCACGAGGCGUUCAGCGCCAUGCGGGCGCGCGGGGCGCGGGUGACGGAUGUAGCGGUGAUUGUGGUGGCAGCAGAUGAUGGGGUCAGGCCGCAGACCACUGAAGCUAUCGCUCAUGCUCGUGCCGCUGGCGUGCCUAUUGUUGUCGCCAUUAACAAGAUGGACAAGGAGGGGGCGAACGUGGACAGGGUGAUGCAGGAGCUGUCAGCAGGAGGGUUGAUGUCGGAGGAGUGGGGAGGAGACACGCCCAUGGUGCCGGUCAGCGCAAAGACAGGCCAAGGAGUGGACAUACUGCUCGAGACAAUCAUGCUGGUGGCCGAGAUUCAAGAGCUCAGGGCCAAUCCUGACAGGCAGGCGGCAGGGACGGUGAUAGAAGCAAGCCUGGACAAGCAGAGGGGACCCGUGGCGACGCUGCUGGUGCAGAACGGCACACUCAGGCUGGGAGACGUGGUGCUGUGUGGAGAGGCAUACGGGAAGAUCCGAGCUCUAGUGGACGACACGGGAAGCCGCAGCGACUCUGCUGGGCCUUCUCUCGCUGUGGAGGUCCUGGGUCUCAGCUCAGUGCCGGUGGCAGGCGACCACUUUGAAGUGGUUGACUCGCUUGACCAGGCCCGCAACAUGGCCGAGGAAGCUGCUGCGAAGCUGCGCACCGCCAGGCUGGCAGCCCUGCAGGGCGAGUCGAAGGUGUCUCUCUCCGCCCUGGCUGGCCGGGGGGCGUCUGGAGGGAUGGGCAGUGAUGGAGAGGGGGACGAGGAAGGACUUGAGUUCCACCAGCUGAACGUGAUUCUCAAGGUCGACAACCAGGGUGCUGUGGAGGCCAUUAGGGAGGCGCUGACAGCGCUGCCCCAAGACACAGUUUCGCUGCGGUUCCUUCUCCAGGCUGCUGGUGACGUGGCACUGAGCGACAUUGACCUGGCAGUUGCCAGCGAGGCGGUGGUGCUGGCGUUCAACGUGAGCAUGUCGCCCGCUGUGGAGGCAGCAGCAGAGGAGAAGGGUGUGGAAGUGCGGACAUACCGAGUGAUCUACGACCUUAUCGAUGAUGUUCGCAAGGCAAUGGAGGGGCUUCUUGACUCUGUUGAGGAGCGCACGCCUCUAGGCUCGGCGGAGGUUCGGGCGGUGUUUGGUGCGGGAAGCAGCAAGGUGGCUGGAGUGAUGGUGACUGAAGGGAAGCUCGUGAAGGGGUGUGGGGUGGCGGUAAUUCGGGGGAAGAAAGAGGUGUACUCGGGUACACUCACGUCGCUCCGAAGAGUCAAAGAGCUUGCUAAAGAGGUGGUGGCGGGACUGGAGUGCGGGGUGGGGGUGGAGGGCUUUGACGAGUGGCAGCAGGGCGACAGCAUCGAGGCGUUUGAGGUGGUGCAAAAGGCGAGGUCCCUCGAAGAUGCUUCCAAGGAAGUUACCAAAGCUGUGGCCGAGAAAACUGAGUCCAUGGGGAUUGCCGUCAGCACAGCGUAA